AUGGCAACCGCCAACGACCACCAGGCGGGAACCACAGAGGUCGCCGCGAGCCUGACAACUGAUAGGAGAGGUGCCAAUGACUCUCUCGCCCCAGAUCUCGGAGGGCGGCUUCUGCGACGACGAAGCCCCCGGCAUCGUCCGGCGUCCGUUAGUUCUCUAGACCGGAUAUAUGACACGCGGCGGGAGAACGAGGACCCCGAUCCUCGCAACGAUCCUACCCGGGACGAGAAUGAAGUCCUCAACACCUAUGGCAUCACCGAGCUGCGAGACAGCUUCUUUGAUGCCGCCUUCUUCCCGCCCGAGGAGGUCGAUCCUGAUGAGCUCAUGAGACAUGCUGAAUUGACCCUCCCAUACGCUUUUCGAAAACAACAUCCACUCUCGCUGACCAAUUUCUUUCCCAAACAAUGGCACGAGAUCCAGACCGUCGUACGUAGAGUCACACAGACCCGGGCAGGAAUCAAAUUGCUCAAGUCUUUCCUCGGUUUCUUCAUUGCCUACGUCUUGUGCCUCGUGCCGCCUGUUCGUGCCUGGCUGGGGCGGCAUAGCUAUAUUAUGGUGAUUUCGAGCCUCCUAAACCACUCGGGGAGAAGCAUUGGGGCUCAGGUGGAAGGGACGGUCCUCACGAUAAUUGGAACCGCUACGGGAUUGGGCUGGGGCGCAUUUGGGCUCUGGCUGUCAACGAUCACAGCCACUGCUCGUGUAGGUUUCGGUGGUAUCUUGGCGACUUUCUUAUGCCUGUACAUCUUCGUCAUCGCAUGCCUUCGUUCUUACUACAUCAGGACAUACCAGCUCGUCCUAUGCGCUGGCAUUUCUAUUUGUUAUACCUGCUUGGCCGAAGUAUCCGGAAACGAGGUCUCCUGGUCUAAACUUCUGGCCUACGGAGUACCAUGGGUUCUCGGACAAUGCAUAGCAUUGGUCCCUUGUUUUCUGUUGGCUCCAGAUGCCGGUGCUCGCCCGUUGGCUGUCUCCUUACACAAUGCCUUUUCCAUCAUGGUGGACGGGUUGACCAAAUCUCGGACAGACAGGCUCACGCGCCGAAGACUUGCUCUGACCUUCGUCAAUCUGUCACAAGCGUAUCGCGAUCUUGUCCUUGACUUCUCUAUCACGCUGUUCAGCCCCGCUGAUGUGAAAGAGCUGCGAAAUCUCAUGCAAGCCGUUGUGCGCGGGUUGUUGAGUCUCAAGUCAGAUGCGCGACUGUUCGAUAAAUUCGACCAAGUUCAAGCCGCAAACAUACGUGGGAGCACAGCUGAGCCCGGAGAGUUUGUUGUAGAGAUUGGUCACGGCCCAGAAUCUGAGACGACUGCUCAUGAGAGAGAAGUGAUCAGAUUUGUGUCAGAGAACCUUGUCGAACCUACGGAACGCUUGCUUUCAGGCAUGAAAGACUGUCUGCAGAGUUGCGAUGCUGUACUCAUGGAGAUGUGCGGCCACAGACAAUAUAUUGGGCCCCCUUCGAACAUCUCCAACGAUGUUUCUGGCACGUUGGUCAAACUUAGGCGGCGGAUCAUUACGUUCACGACAACUCAGGAUAGCGUUCUGGCGAGCAAAACAUUACCUCCAACGUAUGCAGAAUAUCCUGAGGUUGUCAAGCUCUUUGCGUACUGUCGUCCUAUUCACCAAGCUGCAACGGCGGUGGAGGCUUUGGCUGUCAAGGUGAACCAGAUGGAGCAGAGAAAGCCACAAUAUCCCAAGUUUCAUCGGCCUUCUUACCCCUUUCGAAAGUCUUUGCACCGAACAAACGCACAGGUUCGGCACGAUCGAGGUGGAUUGACAGCAGGUUCUUACUUUCGGAGCUUUAAUGAUAUUGCAAACCUGAUUAACAACAUCACAUCGAGAGAGUUCAAGCCGCUUUCCCGAAAAGAAGAUAUCCAAGAUAACGGGCUUGAGAAAAUGACAUCAACUAUGACCGCAACGGAACUUGAGGACGAGUCUCUCACAAAUACCGCACGUGUUGGGCACUCGAUAUGGACUGUCAUGCAUCGGCUGCAGGGCUUUGAAACCCGUUUCGGCCUGAAGACAGCUGCAGUCACGUCGCUACUCUCAGUUCCAGCAUGGUUAGUACAGAGCAACGGCUGGUGGACUCAAUACGAAGUAUGGUGGGCCGUCGUCAUGGCUUGGCUGAUAAUGGCACCUCGGGUUGGAGGAAACAUUCAAGACCUAUUUACGAGAGCGUUCUGCGCAGUUCUAGGUGCUGUAUGGGGCGGCUUGGCAUAUGUUGCUGGAGACGGCAAUCCCUACGUUACCGCAGUCUUCGCUGUAAUAUUCAUGCUUCCGAUGAUAUACAGGUUCACGCAGAGCACGCAUCCGCGAUCCGGACUGGUUGGAUGUAUCUCGUUCACUGUAGUGUCGCUUACAGAAUAUACACACGCAGUUGAACAGUCGCCAGCUGUCAUAGCAGCAACCCGUGGAGGGGCGAUUGCCGUUGGCGUCUGCGCUUCCAUCCUCGUCAACUGGGUAAUCUGGCCUUUCGUAGCCAGGCAUGAUCUACGCUUUCACCCUUCAUAUGUAGAAGGCGAUAUCAAUGAUGCUGUUCUACUGCAGUGUUAUCUACAGAAGUACGUUAUCCACCCCUUUGAAGUCCUUCAUCUAAUCAUUUCAGGCAUUGUUUCAAAAUAUGUUUACUAUGAAGAAGGCGAGGAACCGUCCAAGCAAGAUAUCGUAGCAUCUGAAAUCCUGGAGGGACAUCUUCGCGAAGGUUUCGUCCGACUACGGCAGCUAAUGGGCUUGACCAGACAUGAAAUCCGCCUUCGGUCUCCGUACGACCCCCUGCCUUACUCAGCGCUGAUCGACGCUUGUGAAAGCUUCUUCGAAUACGUCGUGGCCCUACGCCAAUCCUCCCUCUUUUAUCACCCUCAUUUUGUCCGAGACAACCCUGAAGCAGCGGCUCGACUCCUAGGUUAUCGUAGAGAUGCUAUUGCCACUAUAAUGACUAACCUCUACGUCCUUUCGGGGGCUCUGAGAGCCGGCAGGAAGGUCCCAAAAUACCUCCCGAACGCUGCUGUGGCCCGUAAGGAGUUGUUAGACCAGACAAAGGUACUCGAAACCGAGUUAGCGAAGAGCGGAAGGUAUUCCGUCGUCAAGAAAACCGAAAGCGAGAAAUGGGCGCAAAUAUACAGUUACUCCUACAAUGAGAGCUUGACAGGAUGUGUGGAUCAGUUGAAGGAGCUCGAAAAGUAUACGAAGGUUAUCGUAGGAGAGCAGGGGUUUGAUUCUGGUCUCGACAGGAACGAAUGGGUGAUUCCUUGA